AUGUCUCUUAACCAAAAUAAAUAUUCUAAGAAUAAUCCUUUUACACUUAAACAAAGCAACACUAAUUAUAAUUACCACAUUAUUAAUGAAGGAUUUUAUCCAUCAAAUAGUAAAAUAUACUAUACUUUGGCACAUUCUCAUAGUGAAACUAAAUACAAAAUUCCAGAUAAUUAUUUAGUUCAAACUAGCUGGGGCAGAGAAAAAUCACAGCAUAUAAUAGAAUGUGAAAUCGAAUACGAUUUGGAUGGGCCAGUUUUUAGAAUUAGGUUUAAUGAAAAUUCUCAACACUAUGUAAUAGAAUCAAAAGAGUUUUUAACUGCUGUUGCCAAUAAUUAUUUACAAAAAAAAAAUCCUAAUACAAAUGCAAAACUUUCUGGCAUACAUAUAUUUGGUCUUAAUGCCACAGAUACAAAACGUUCUCGUAGAUUUUCUAUACAAAUCAGUGAAGCAUUUGAAAAUAAAAUUCCUAAAUUUUACAACUCAUUUGAUCGACCAGUUUUACAAAAAGACAUUGAAGAAGAGAUUUCACAAUAUAUAGGCAAAGCAGGCUAUAGACGAGUUAAUGACAUUUUGCUCUUCAUAAUUCCAGGCCUUGUGGCUCGAAAUGUUCUUAAUGUAAAUAAUCCAGUAAUCAAUAUUCACAUAUCAGGUGAUGGACGCAAUGUAGGUAGAAAAAUCAAACAUGUAAUGAUCACCUGUACAAUUUUGGAUGACAUUUCAAAUAUUCAUAAAGCUGAUUCACACCAUACAAUAAUUCUAUAUCUGGAAGGAGAAAACUAUAAAAUGUUACAAAAAUCAGAAUUUUUUAACAAUCGUACUUCACAAACUUUAAAUCUACCACCACCUGGACAUCUUAAAGUUCCUCUUCUUCCUAUGAUUUCUCUGAAUCAUUAUGUAUCUGAUGAACUACAUAUAAUGUUGAGAAUCUGGGAUUGCCUUUGGAAAUUAGUAAUUCAAGAAUUAAAAUCAGAAAAUAGAUUCAAUAAUCAUGUUAGGGCAAUUAUCAAUGUGGAAAUGCAAAGGAUUUCAGUUGGUUUCUAUUUUUGGCAAGAUUAUGUGCAAAGUUGGCAUUAUACAUCUUUGAUAGAAGAUGAUAAAGAAAAGGUAUUAUGUGAUUUUAAUUUUGAGGUCAUUUUUGAUAAAGAACGAGCUAUAUUAAUUAAUCAUUUGUGA